CAGUUCAAACGACGCUCAGUUGAGUGAUGUGUUGCUGACGAGUGCCCAGAGGUUUUUGACCUGUGACCCUGUUUGGUCGUUGUCAGUUCGUUCCUUUGGAACCGAGGACCGCCCCACCGACAGGCCCAUCCCUCCUCGAGAUGACACUUUCGAGUACAUCAUCUUCAGAGGCAGCGACAUCAAGGACUUGACGGUGUGCGAGCCGCCAAAACAAACCAGUUCUCUCCCUCAGGACCCCGCCAUUGUCCAGUCGUCCAUGGGCUCCAGCUCCUCGUCCUCGGCUGCCGCCGCCCCAACCCCGUUCCAGGCAGCUGGUUCCUAUGGACUCUUCAACCGGGCCCCAGUUCCUGCCUACAACCAGUUCAGCACCAGCCCCCUUGUCUCCCCUCAGUUUGGACCUGUUGGCGUCGGCCCAGUCCACAGCCCCACCCUGGACCCCCUGAGGAAGAGCCCCACCUUAGAGCAGGUGAUCCAGGCUGCUCCGUUAGCCCCGACCGCCGCCGCUCCGGCGCCUGGCCUGGGACGCAGGAGCCCCACCCACAUUCGCUCGGCUCCCCUCACCACGGGGCAGAGCAGUCAGAAGGUCCAGCACCAGGAUGGCGUCGACCCAAGAAGGGGUGAGACUGUCAGGGGAGGCCGCAGCAGCCAGGGCUGGUCCACGCCCCGAACCAUCUCCGCCUCUCACAUCACUGCUGUAGAUAGGGCUCCCCCUGCAGGCCUUACCCACUCUGUCUUCAGCCACUCAGCACCUGCCGGGGCACCGGCAAACCGCCGUGGGCGAGGAGGCGGCCACCGCGGCAGAGGACGCUUCAACGUUCGCCGGGACGGACCCAUGAAGUUUGAGAAAGACUUUGACUUUGAGAGCGCUAACGCCCAGUUCAACAAAGAGGAGAUUGACCGAGAGUUUCAGAGCAAACUGAAGCUGAAAG